GUCUCGGUACGUGUGUCUCGGUACGUGUGUCUCGGUACGUGUGCCUAUUGGCAUUCGUAGCCGGCAUCUUCGUGCAAAAUUGCAUUACGUCACUACAUAAUUCUGGUGAAUUCUCUCGCCCACCAAAACAAGGACUUGACUACAGGCGGCCAGCCAGCCACCCGCCCCGUUAGCUGCAUGGUGUAGUAGAGUAGAGAAGCAUCAUCAGCAUCAACAACAACACCGGGAAAUGCAGCUGCUGUAACGGAACUGGUCCCCCACCCACCACCGGCAGAUGGAGUGUGAGCGCGCCACCGCCACGUGACACGGUCGGUUCGCAUCUGUAGUGUGGCGGAGAAUCUCACUCUGCAUCAUGGCUGCGGAAGAUGUAGCUGCCCGGUCCCGAACCGCCCCCCUCUUCCCCAGGGUACCCUUCUCCCCAGCCCGGCUGCUGUUCCUCUCUCUCCUCUCCCUCUGCCUCAUCCCCUCCCCGUCCCUCGCCCUGCUCGGCUUCCGUCCGGAGGAGACCGGGGGAGAGCUGUCCGUGGACGACGGGGUGCUGAAAGCCACGGAGGGAACCCGCUUCAUGCUGCGGGUCUACUACGCCUCAUCCCCACAGAGGCUCAACCGGACCGCUGGGGCCAGAGCCAACGCCGCUCCCUGGAUAGCAUUCAUCGAGGAGCCGAGGCCGGGGAGAGAGGGGCAGGUCCACCCGAAGCGGAAUAUGUGCAUGGAUAAAAACGCCAGGAGCUCGGAUAUUGAGAUCUUGGGCUCUUUCAAGUCCGCUUCGAGUCAGAACUCCGUGUUGGUGGAAGUAUUGGCUAAGAACCUGCGCAGGGGAGAGAAGAUGAAGUACUAUUCGAUUUGCGCCUUCGACGGGUCCAAAUGGGAGCACUACCGGACCCGGGAUUUCUGGGUCGCCGUGGUGGAGCGCGGGGCCGAACCGGACCUCUGGCUUCAAGUGUUAGUAUCGGUUCUGUUACUGGCCCUCUCGGCGCUCUUCAGUGGCCUGAACCUCAGUCUGCUGGCGUUGGACCCGGUGGAACUCCAGGUUCUGCAGAACAGCGGCACGGACAAGGAGCAGAAAUACGCGAGGAAAAUCGAGUCCGUGCGGCGGCACGGUAACUACGUACUGUGCACUUUGCUGCUGGGCAACGCGCUGAUCAACGCGGCGCUCGCAGUGUGGAUGUGUCAGAUCCUGGGGAUGACCUGGUUGUCCACCAUUAUCUGCGCGUUUGGGAUCUUUUUCAUUGGGGAGAUCCUGCCACACUCUGUUGCGUCGCGGCACGGCCUGGCCAUUGCGUCCAAAACCAUCUGGGUAACCCGUCUUCUCAUGGUUCUCUCCUUCCCCAUCUCCUACCCCAUCAGUAAACUCCUCGACUUCAUCCUCCACCAGGAGAUCAGUAACUUUUAUACGCGGGAAAAACUCCUUGAGAUGCUGCGCGUGACCGACCCGUACCACGACCUGGUUAAAGAGGAGCUCAACAUCAUACAAGGCGCGCUCGAGCUCCGGACCAAGACCGUAGAAGAUGUUCUGACUCCGCUAACCGACUGCUUCAUGCUCACCUCGGAAGCGGUGCUAGACUUCAACACCAUGUCGGAGAUUAUGCAGAGCGGCUACACGCGCAUCCCGGUGUUCGAAAACUUGCGGUCGAACAUUGUGGAUAUUCUGUUCGUGAAGGACUUGGCGUUCGUUGACCCGGAUGACUGUACCCAUCUGAAGACCAUAACACAGUUCUAUAAACACCCCAUGCACUGUGUGUUCAACGACACCAAACUGGACGCCAUGCUGGAGGAGUUCAAGAAGGGCAAGUCCCACCUGGCCAUCGUCCAGCGGGUCAACAACGAGGGUGAGGGUGACCCCUUUUAUGAGGUCAUGGGCAUCGUGACCCUGGAGGACGUUAUAGAGGAGAUCAUCAAGUCAGAGAUACUGGACGAGACUGACCUCUACACUGAUAACCGUUCUAAGCGUCGUGUUUCUCACCAUGAGAGGAAGCAGCAGGACUUCUCCAUCUUUAAGCUGUCGGAGAACGAGAUGAAGGUGAAGAUCUCUCCCCAGCUCCUCCUCGCCACGCACCGCUUCCUCUCCACAGAGGUGGAGCCCUUCAAGCCAGCCCACCUAUCAGAGAAGAUCUUACUGCGUCUCAUUAAACACCCCAGUGUGGUCCAGGAGCUGAGCUACGAUGACAAGAACAAACUGGCCCCACAGCACUUCCUGUUUCAGAGAAACAAACCUGUUGACUACUUCAUCCUGUUACUACAGGGUCGUGUGGAGGUGGAGUUUGGUAAAGAGGCUCUGAGGUUUGAGAACGGAGCGUUCGCCUACUACGGGGUGCCUGCCAUCAUGCCCACAGUCCACAGAUCCCCCUCCCGUAGCAGUGGUCUGGACCGGUCUGACUCUAUGCUGUAUGGGGGCAGUCUGGGCCAACUCAACGGAGGGGGGAGCGUCUACCUGCCUGACUACUCUGUUAGGCAGCUCACACACCUGCAGGUCAUUAAGAUCACCCGUAGCCACUACCAGAACGCCCUGACAGCCACUCUGAUGGACAGCUCCCCCCAGACCCCCGACACAGACGCCCGGCCCACAGACGGGAACACUCCCGACCUCCCUGUCCCGGAGCAGAGUGGAGACCACCUCCUCCCCCCCAGAGAGACCCGGCCCAGCUCGGCCAGAACCAGAGGACAGCAGUCCUCCGUCCCACACAGCACCUCUCUGCUCAACGAGAAGAACCGCAUCGUCCGCAGUAAAUCAGACGGUCAGAACAGCCCCAGUGACUCCGUGUUCCUCAGGAUGGAUGAGAUCUCAUACAUCAGAGAGGAGCACUCAGAGAGGGAUGGCACCAACGACACAGCCUCUGUUGCUAUAGAAACAGACGCCCCCUCCUCUUUCAUCAGUACUCUGUCUCUGAGUGGAUCAGAGGACACACUGGGCAAGAAACUACUGCUCAAACUCAGUCACAAGAAGAGAAAAAAGUCUCGGGAAGGAGACAAGACACCUGAGGAGACAUCAGAGCAGCCGCUGGUCAAGACCUAGCAGUGUGUGUGUGUGUGUGUGUGUGUGUGUGUGUGUGUGUAUGGACUAACUCACACUAUCAUCAACAGCCUAUUUCCCUCUUUUUGAUCGUUUGUCAGACGUUUCUGAAACGUUUGUCAGAUGUUCCAGUCACUAGUUGACCACUCUCAGAUGUCCCAACCAACAGACAUUCUAAAGGGAAACAGAAGGAUAUAACAGCACAUAGAAAAGAUAGACCUCAUCUCCCCCUAACACCCCCACAGUCUCUGGUCUUAGACCGAACCAAAUGGGAGGAACUCACUGAACCAGCGGGACGGAAGCUACCAUGUCAUCAUGAACCUGGGUUUUUUUUUUCUUCUUGAAUGUUUCAUGUCGAAGUGGCUAAUGGAUUUGAAGACAAAGGAUAUCAGGAGAAGAAGGGAGGUUUUUGGUUUAAGCCACUGUCACAAUUUAAUUCACCCCCUCCUUACAAAAUAAUUGAAUUGGCCCUGUUGGAGCUGUGACAAGGAAACCAAAGACUAUGUAGAUAUCAUCAGUGCACAGAAGAAUAUUCACCAUGCGCCAUUAUAAAGAGCUCAUCCAUUCCUUCUUCAGGUGCUUUUAUGGAUGCUGUAUCACUUGUGUUAUUGGAUAGUGAAUGUUUAUUACUAUUCUCUUCUGUCCUCUUUCCUAUCUACUGUCUAAUGGGGGAAUCCUAACGUUCACUUGAGUGGAUUUUCAUGCAUUGAUAUCAAUGGGAGACUUAAGUGAAAAUUCUAUUUAGGAUUCACCCAGAAGUUGACUUGUCAGAAUGGACUCAUGCUAUAGUGGUGUAAGGGGUUUAAAAUGACUUGAGAUGGUUUGGGGUUUGAAUGCCUUACUAAAGAGAAAGUCUUCAAUCUGCAUGUUUUAGGUACUGGCUGAGCACCAUGUAGAUCUCUAUUCUCUCAGCCCGACUGUUAUCACAACUUCCUCAAACGGUUGUUAUGAGAACUGACCAGUCACAAGAACGGACCAGUCUCUUCCAAAUGAUGUAUAUGAGCAAUACUGAAACUCUUUUACACAGUUGUGAACGGGACACCUCCAAAAGACGCUACUAAUGUAGGAUACGCCAUUAGGAAACAUCUUGUUGUAGAGAAUACAUUUCUUAUUUGAUCUGA